UUUGCUCAAAUUGAUAAUUCCAGACGGUGUUAUGAGAACCACAUGCUAAAACAAAUAUGAACAUUUUUUCAGAGCUUUGCCGACUAAACUGAUGAUAUAAAAUGCAUAAACAAAAUACAACAAAUUUAAACAAACUGAAUGAAUAAACUGAACUCAAUUGAAGCCUUAAACUUAAAAGCAACAGAAUCUUGUGAAAAAAAAGUUUAAAUAGAACAAAACAAACUUUUGUUGACAAUUCUUUGUAAAAUUUUUACAUAGUCGCAAUAGAUUUUCUUAAGUGUGCCAUCGCGAUGGCUGCACCAGCAGCCUGUACGCGUUUUUCCGACAACUAUGACAUCAAGGAAGAGCUGGGAAAAGGCGCAUUUUCAAUAGUUAAAAGAUGUGUGCAGAAAUCAACUGGAUUUGAGUUUGCUGCAAAAAUUAUAAAUACCAAAAAGUUGACAGCAAGAGACUUUCAAAAAUUGGAACGUGAAGCAAGAAUCUGCAGAAAACUUCAUCACCCCAACAUAGUGCGUUUGCAUGACAGUAUACAAGAGGAAAACUAUCACUACCUGGUCUUUGAUCUUGUAACUGGUGGCGAACUUUUCGAAGAUAUUGUUGCCCGCGAGUUUUAUUCAGAGGCUGAUGCAUCACAUUGUAUUCAACAAAUAUUGGAAUCGGUCAAUCACUGCCACCAAAAUGGUGUGGUGCAUCGUGAUCUUAAGCCUGAGAAUUUACUAUUAGCUAGUAAGGCAAAGGGUGCAGCUGUGAAACUCGCUGACUUUGGUCUAGCCAUUGAAGUGCAAGGCGAUCAUCAGGCAUGGUUUGGAUUUGCUGGCACCCCGGGUUACCUAUCGCCGGAAGUAUUGAAAAAAGAACCGUAUGGAAAAUCGGUAGAUAUAUGGGCUUGUGGCGUUAUUCUUUACAUCCUUUUGGUUGGUUAUCCGCCAUUCUGGGAUGAAGAUCAGCAUCGUUUGUAUUCCCAGAUCAAAGCAGGCGCCUAUGAUUAUCCCUCGCCCGAAUGGGAUACAGUAACACCAGAAGCUAAGAAUCUUAUUAAUCAAAUGCUUACGGUAAAUCCAAAUAAACGAAUAACCGCCGCAGAGGCUUUGAAACAUCCAUGGAUAUGUCAACGAGAGCGUGUGGCAUCCGUGGUACAUCGUCAAGAAACGGUUGACUGUCUCAAGAAGUUUAAUGCACGACGCAAGCUUAAGGGUGCUAUACUUACAACUAUGCUGGCUACUCGAAAUUUUUCAAGUAGAAGUAUGAUUACCAAAAAAGGCGACGGAUCUCAAGUCAAGGAGUCUACGGACUCUUCCAGCACUACCAUCGAGGAUGAUGAUAUAAAGGAAGAUAAAAAAGGAAUCGUUGAUCGCAGUACAACAGUUAUAUCAAAAGAGCCAGAAGAUAUAAGGAUACUGUGUCCUGCAAAAACUUGCCAGCAAAUUACAGGAAACUCGCAGUGCUCGUCAGCAGCUAGACGACAAGAAAUAAUAAAGAUCACAGAGCAGCUGAUUGAAGCGAUUAACAGUGGCGACUUUGAUGGAUACACAAAAAUUUGUGAUCCUCAUCUUACUGCGUUUGAGCCAGAAGCCUUGGGCAAUCUUGUUGAAGGAAUUGAUUUUCACAAAUUUUACUUUGAGAAUGUUCUUGGCAAAAAUUGCAAGGCAAUUAACACAACCAUAUUGAAUCCUCAUGUGCACUUAUUGGGUGAAGAAUCAGCUUGCAUUGCCUACGUCCGACUCACACAAUAUAUCGAUAAACAGGGGCACGCACACACUCAUCAAUCGGAGGAGACUCGCGUCUGGCACAAACGCGAUAACAAAUGGCAAAAUGUGCAUUUUCAUCGAAGUGCAUCAGCAAAAAUAAGUGGAGCUACGACAUUCGAUUUUAUAUCCCAAAAAUAGUGUGUACCCCCAGAAAUGUAACUUAAACUGUCAUAAUGCACAUUAGGCCACAAAUGGAUAUGCAUUAAAUAUUCAUUAUUAAGAUUAAAAUCGUGGAAUAAAGUUAGUUAUGUGGCGAAUUUGA